AAACGUAGUAGGCAUGUUCAAUUAUGUUGUAAAAUCAACUAGAUCUCAGUAGAAAACUAUUCAAACUAUUUGUGUUUGUUCAUAAUUUUGGUAAGGACACGCAAAAACGUUCUAGAAGAGACACAAUGACAAUCAAUUCAGUGAGUUUGGGUUUACUUGUAGUUCUAUUUGUAUGGAUACAAGUUCCUUUCGGGGUUAGCAAAAGUAUUCCACAAAUUGUUGUCAACGAUGCCAAUUCUAACAAGGCCAUAGUUAAUGCCACAACUGGAAUUAACGCUACUGAAUUGAAGAAAAAUGUUACAGAGUUAAGUCAGUCAGGUGAAAAGAGUAAUCUCAUUUCAAAACGAAUUGGCCAUAAGAAACGUGAAGCUGAUCCGGAUGUGGGAUUCAGUUUUGAUGAAUUGCAUUCGCCGUGUGAUCUAGACAGUAGUGGAAGAGCUUUACUUAUUGAAUAUUUUCCCGCUAUUUGCAAAUGGAUGUGGAAUUAUAGACAUGUUAACGAAGGUUAUUAUCGCAUCUUCAAGACCUUUCAGUUGGAGGCAUUUUUCUUUGGCCAAUAUUACGAGCGUUUGAAGCGUUAUGAGAUUGAUCCACAUUCAUUUGAAUAUUACAAUACACAUGUCUAACAAAGAGUUAAAGAAUAAAUAAUAAUCAAAUCCUA